AUGAACGAUGACGAGCAGUUGGAGACAAGACAAAUUGAUCGAAUGAUGGACGCAGACCUGCUCCUGGUGAAUGAAUCAGAGGGGAUAAAUCAUGAGAGGUCCGAUGGAGAGCGCCAAGAACAGAACCACGAAGAGAAUACAGACGACGACCUUGAGGAGACGGAUCGGGACGAUCGAGUUGAACGCAUUGUGCAAGGAUCAGAAGACGACGUUCAACAGCAAUCACAACGGCGAGACCAGGCCGGGGAUGAUGGAGAGGAGGAAGAGCAUAAUGUCUGCAGCGCGGAGACGGAUUCCCCUUGGGACGGGGAGUCUGGAGAACAUCAACCUCGUUUCCGCAGUGUGGAUGAUGGAGAAACGCAGUCUGAUCCUGACAAUCAUGAGGAGAGAGCCCCCAUGCGGCGCUCGUCUCCGGUAGCUGUUGAAGAGGCGAUUCCCCACCAAAUAACUGCGUCAUCGAAAGCAGGGGUGCGUAUUCGGUUUCGGACCAUUGCUUCGAUAGUUGAUUGCCUACCAAGUCUCGAGGAUCCCUCUGCCCGUCGCCUUGAGGCAGCAGCGGUAGCUGCAGAGAUUCUUGAAUCCCUGGAACAGAGAGCAGAGCGCUUGCUGGUCUACAAUACACGGAUCGUCACACAAACGAAGAAACGCGUAGGAAGCAGUCGAGCGAGCUCCGGUCAGAAAGCCCGCCUACGCUUCGAUUCUCUACCGGACGCGAUUGAAGAGGAUGACAACACCAUGUAUGGGCAAUGGAAGCUCAAAGAGGCGACCGCCGCAGAGGCGGCUAGUGGUCUUCUUCGUGCACUCGAGGAAUCCGCGAUAGAAAAACUUACUUCUCAAGUUGAAGACGUCGACUGGAAAGAAAUAAACUGGGAACAUCAAAGCACGCCUCACGCGCGGGGGCAUGAGAAUGAUCCAAUAGACGACACACACGGCUCUGGUAACGAAAAUCGCAGAAGUAUAUUACGCUUCGGAGAUGAUAACCAAAACGUGGAUGCGGAAAGUGAAGAAACAAACUUGCAGGAGGAAAUACACGAAGAUCUUUCAACCAUGUCAGAUGAGAAAGCGGCAAGAGAAUUCGAUCUCUGGCUUGGGAGGGCCACCACACUUCGUCUUUCGAUGGAGUAUGGAGGUGAACCAGAAGCGCCGUCUGUUCCUAAGGAGCAUCCAGAACGAAGUGACUUGAGAACGCUUCUGAGAGGUGAAGGUUUAAGCAUGUUUCAAGAUCUAGGAAAAGCCAGCGGGGGAAAGAGAGAAGGCAUUUCUGCCAUCAACAGCCUCGACACUUCGGUAAAAGCAGCUGCCGCACGACACCUCAUCACGCCUUCUUUGAAGCAGGAGAAACUAUGGCAUAUGUUUGGACGAGACACUGAAGCAGGUCGUUUGUUGCACCGACUGUACGCGUCCCGGGCAGCCGCCCUCGGAUCGCCUGGCACUUUGUAUCCAGCGCCAAAAAUCAAGGACUCGAAUGACGACCCUAACUUCCGGAUCAUUAAUUCGAAAAGCAGAACCUUUGCCUCCUCGCGGAAAGGGCACUUUCGCAGAGUAAAGAUUUCUGUUCCUCGUGUUGGUCGCCACCCCGUCCCUCGUAGGGAUGGGCUACCAGAUGUGGACGGUAAGGCAAGUUGGGACCAUGGCGCAGUUGCCUCCGGCCGCCUUGAUAAUUAUGGAGGUGGAAGGCGCUCUCUGACAAAGAUUGCCCAGGGGGUUGAACAGCAACGAAAAGAAAUCUUGGCAGAUGCUCAAGCAGCAGCUAUGAGGGCUGCAGCGUAUCAUCAACACGGACAGAGUAGGGAACAAGCAAAAGAAGCUCUGCAGGAGGCGUUCUAUCUGGAGGAAUGCCGGACUCUCCCUGCAGCUGCGCGGCUCCCCGCGUUGCCGAGAGAGGAUCGUCAGCAUCUUCAGAAAGGACGAACGGCUAGACAAGCAAGAGAAGGACUGGGAGGACACCCUUCCGCGGGCAAGAUGGUAGCAGGUGGGGGAACCGCUGAGAGAGGGGAAGAGUGGGGAAAGCCGAUAGAUUCCAAGAAGGGAAUGACUCGAGAACAGAAGCACCUUUUCGACAAAACUUUGCACGAGAUCCAGUACCGAGAGGAGAGACUAAGGAAACUUCGUGAUGCGCUCCCGGACGACGUCCUCACCGCCGCUGCCGCAGAAGACUGCGCCUCUCGGCAAAAAGGGGUUUCACAGGCAAGGCAGGCCUUGGCUGCGCAGAUGGGACGGAGCCAACGUGCGAAACGCAAGAUUCAGGAGAACCUCAGAGAGGAAACAAAACUCGUGAAAGAAAUAGCAGAACGCGUGCGAGACCUUCAGACACUGAAGCGGCUUAGCGGGGCGCACGUGCGCCAGCAAACUGACGGCUCCAGCAUUGUCUGA